AUGCAGCGGGCGACGAUGCCACGUCUGCCCUUCUUCCGACUGCUCGUGCCACGACUCAGCAAACCACCAAUACUGCCUACAAAUAGAAACACUACAUCUCUGCGAAUAUCUCCAACCACAUCUCGCGGAUUCAGGACAUAUGCUCCUCUCCGAAGAGACUCUCCUCCCCCCUCACCAGAUCUCAACUCGUCAGAGCUCCCAGAAAAUACAACAUUGACUGCAAAGCUCAAAAUGCUCAUCAAAUCCUAUGGCUGGUAUGCGCUCGGCGUAUACCUAGCUCUGAGCGUCAUCGACUUUAGUAUUGCAUUCGCUGCCAUCAACUUUUUCGGUGCUCAGCAAGUAGGACGCGUGACGGCCUAUGUCAAGGGAACUAUCCAUGAUAUAAUCCAUCGCUCGAGUCCCGACGAUUCCCCAGACGGCAAAAUCAAUGGCAAGGAGACUGCAACCACGGCUGGAGGAGAGGAUCUCUACGCAAUGAUCAUCCUUGCGUACACCGUUCACAAGGUCCUCUUCAUGCCCAUACGUGCGGGACUGACCGUGGCCAUCACGCCAAAGUUUGUCCGCUGGCUCCGAAUGAGGGGCUGGACCGGUCCCGGGGAGCGACGAGAGCCGCUUCACAUAUGCGGGAGAGGAUGA